AUGGAGUACAAGAACUUGGGGAGGAGUGUGAUAAUUGGCACUAAGGAAGGAUAUUACUGCAAGUAAAUAUUAGGGCAGAGCACAAAAUGCAGUGAAAAUUGUUAUUUAGCGAACCUAUAAAUUUGCAGAGACCGAAACAAAGCUAGCGGAGAUGGUUGUGAUGAGAACUGCUAAGUAGAAAACGGAUAUGUAUGCUUCGAUUCUGAAAAUGGGGAAUUUACUUGCAAGUCAACUGUAUAAUCAACCAACAAAGAAGAGAAAGAAGAAUUUUGUGGAAACAAUAUUCUAGAAAUGGGGGAAGAAUGCGAUGAUUCAAAUCAAAUAAACGAUGAUGGUUGUGACAGUGAUUGCAUGACAGAACACGAUUAUUAUUGUAUAAGUGAUUAAAAGUCUGGAGAUUUCUAAUGCUAUAAACGAUCAAAGAAUUUAGAUCCAAAUGCAUAAAAGAUAGUUAAAGAACAAUUGAUGAAGAAUGUGAUGAUGGAAAUCUGCUUCACAAUGGGGGGUGCAACAAAUAAUGCUAAAUAUAAGAUGGUUAUAUGUGCACAAUAAAUAUUGGACAAGAAUCAUAAUGCUUUAGAAGAUGCGGUAUUAUGGGAGAAAAAUGCUUUGACCAUAACAAUGAAAAUAAUGAUGGAAUAAAGUGUAGAUAACUCUAAUUCUCAAAGGGACUUAGAAUCAAGUGCUGGACGCGGCCUAUCUACAGCAAGUCUUUGCAUGAAUGGUGUCGUAGAUUUCGGUGAAGAAUGUGAUGACGGAGACCCUUAAUCAAAUUUGUAUGCACUUGCACCAUUUAAUGUUAACGUUUUAGUUGCAAUAGUGCGUGUGGUAUGUGGGCAGGAUAUGCUUCUUUAGUCGUAGGGUUAGGAUAAUAGUCGUAAGAAGUUUCAUAACCUCUUUAAUAUGGACCAGGCUAAUGUUUUGAUAAUAACAUCGAUGUUACUGAUGGGUAACAUUUUCUUUAAUCUAUAUAACAUUUCAGUAUCGAUUCUCUGUGCUUUCUUGAUCCGAAUUUUUUCUGAAGAGAUACCUACUUUGAGUCCAGCUCCAUCCACCACCUUGUCUGCAUUUAACGCUGGUUGUACUAAAAAUGGUAUUUUGACUUUAAGUGAGGAGUGUGACGAUGGAGAUGUCACUCAUUCAGGAGGAUGCGAUUCUAACUGUAGAGUUGAUUAUGGGUGGACUUGCGUCAAUUUAAUGGGUAGCUAAUCGAUAUGCUUCUAGUCAUGCCUUGAGUUUGGCUUCUAGUGUCUUGAUCGAAAUUUUUAGAACAACGAUGGUUAGUUCCACUUAAUUGGAGGAAGGUUCAUUCAAGUGUAAUCCUACAAUAGCUCCUACAACAACUCAACAGCAACAACAACUGAAGCAGCUACAACAGCACCAUCGACAACAGAACUUGUACCAACGACAACAAUAUCGGCAACAACUACAGGGCCAGAGCCAACUACAACCGUAGUUAUAUCGACAACAGAUGCGACAACAACUGUAGCUCCUUCUACAACUACAAAUGCUCCAGCUUCAACUACUACAGUAGCCUAAACUACAACAUCUCAAGCAUCAACCACUACUACUAAUACUAAAACAACUGUCUCUACUACAACAACUACUACCACUACCACUACAACAACUGAACCACCAGUAGUAAAAUAAUGCUAAGAAGCUAAUAGCGUUUUUGAUAUUACGUCGUAACUAGCUGAAAAUACUGGAGAAUCAGUUUCAUGUAGAGGAAUGACUGUUUGUCCUGAUGGAUCAAAUCCCCCUUGUACAUGGACAAGAAAAAUUGCAACUUAAUGCUCUAAUACUUAAACUAAUUCAGGAAGAUCUCGAGAGUUACAAAUGAAAAAUAGUGCAAUCUUCAGAAUGAAGACAAAUUCAUUGCCAAAUCAUUGCUUCUAGUCUUCUUAGAAUCAAGUUAAGGAGAACAUUAUUGACUUUUAAGUAAUUUUCAAAAACAAACCUCGCAAUAGUCUUGGAGGAGACAGAUUACUCAACGAUGAGGAUGAAAAUUAGUCAGACAAUUCAAUGUUCAAAGGAGAUAAUCAAUUUAGUGUUAACUAUGCUUUGUGCACAGGAUCUUGGACAUCAGUUGGAUCAAUAUUAUAAGUGAGUCCCUCUUAUUAAGAAUUUUCUGGAAUUAUGGAAAAUAUUGUUGGUAUAGCUUUAAACGGAGUUCCUAUCCAUAUUGGUAACUCAGAAUAUGGGUCAGAUGUCUUUUAUCCUAAGAAGUUUGGAGAUAAAGCUUAUAGUGAAAAAACGAGAUGCACAAUUCUGCAGAAACAUUCCAGCUUGUAUUUAAGAUUAACUGGGCUACUCAUUGUCUUUCUUGUCACCUUAAGAGAAGACAAUAAUGAUUAUUGGUAUUGCAAGAGAUGGGCAUUCGAUACUUGGACCUUACAAAAGAGAUGGAGAAUUAUGGUAGCCUUGCGAUGUAGAUAUGUGUAAUGGAGUUGA